AUGGACACCCACCGAAAUCUACCCGGACAGUCAGGGUUCGAGCCUGCCGCCAGCCCGCUAAGCAUCCUGGCGUCUGGCUCAGUGCCCUGGUCUGUAGUCUCUCUGCAGGCUGCCCGAGUCGGGGGUUGGGUUCCGAGAGCGGCUGUCCGUUCUGGCCAGGGAGAGGACUGCAGAAUCUCUGCUGAAGUCCCCCCAGCGCCAGCGAGUUCCAAGUUCCCCCUCCCCGAGGGUAGUCGAUGGCUGUGCCUCCUCUGUUUCUCCAGCGAACCCGGAGGCCUGGCCCACUCGACCAAGUCUAGGCUCACCACAGACAGACCAAGGCCCCACCACGGUGCGGUCCUCUUAGCAUCCCCUGGCUGGGAGUGCAGAGCACCGGGUACCCCCUCGGAGCAACAAAGGGGCAAGCGGCACGCAGGUGCUAUCUUCGAGGAGAACACAGUCAAGGACUACAGGGUGUUCCAGUUGGCUGUAUCAGACCUGAGCCUCAGUGAUGACAUCCUGCAGAAUGAGAAGAUCACCUACUCCAUCAAGGUCAUAGAGGCCAAUAAUCCAUUCCAGGUGGUGCAGGAAGCCUGUGACCUCAUGACCCAGGGGAUUUUGGCCUUGGUCACAUCCACGGGCUGUGCAUCUGCCAACGCCCUGCAGUCCCUCACAGACGCCAUGCACAUCCCACACCUCUUUGUCCAGCGCAACCCUGGGGGUUCGCCACGUACUGCCUGCCACCUGAACCCUAGCCCUGACGGCGAGGCCUACACACUGGCUUCGAGACCACCUGUCCGUCUCAAUGAUGUCAUGCUCAGGCUGGUGACGGAACUGCGCUGGCAGAAGUUCGUCAUGUUCUAUGACAGCGAGUAUGAUAUCCGUGGGCUCCAAAGCUUCUUGGAUCAGGCCUCACGACUGGGUCUGGACGUCUCUUUACAAAAGGUGGACAAGAACAUCAGUCACGUGUUCACCAGCCUCUUCACUACCAUGAAGACUGAGGAGCUGAAUCGCUACCGGGACACACUGCGCCGUGCCAUUCUACUGCUCAGCCCACAGGGGGCACACUCCUUCAUCAAUGAGGCUGUGGAGACCAACUUGGCUUCCAAGGACAGCCACUGGGUCUUUGUGAAUGAGGAAAUCAGUGACCCCGAGAUCCUGGAUCUGGUCCACAGUGCCCUUGGCAGGAUGACCGUGGUCCGGCAAAUCUUCCCAUCUGCAAAGGACAACCAGAAAUGCAUGAGGAAUAACCACCGCAUCUCCUCCCUGCUCUGUGAUCCACAGGAAGGCUACCUCCAAAUGCUGCAGAUCUCCAAUCUUUACCUGUAUGACAGUGUUCUGAUGCUGGCCAACGCCUUCCACAGGAAGCUGGAGGACCGGAAGUGGCAUAGUAUGGCAAGCCUUAACUGCAUACGAAAGUCUACCAAGCCAUGGAAUGGAGGGAGAUCCAUGCUAGACACUAUUAAAAAGGGACAUAUCACUGGCCUCACAGGAGUUAUGGAGUUUCGGGAAGACAGCUCAAAUCCUUAUGUCCAAUUUGAAAUCCUUGGCACAACAUAUAGUGAGACUUUUGGCAAAGACAUGCGCAAGCUUGCGACCUGGGACUCGGAGAAGGGCUUGAAUGGCAGUCUGCAGGAGAGGCCCAUGGGCAGCCGCCUCCAAGGACUGACUCUCAAAGUGGUGACUGUCUUGGAAGAGCCUUUUGUGAUGGUAGCUGAGAAUAUCCUUGGACAACCCAAGCGUUACAAAGGGUUCUCCAUAGAUGUGCUGGAUGCACUGGCUAAGGCUCUAGGAUUCAAAUAUGAGAUAUACCAGGCCCCUGAUGGCAGGUAUGGUCACCAGCUCCAUAACACCUCCUGGAACGGGAUGAUCGGGGAGCUCAUUAGCAAGAGAGCAGACUUGGCCAUCUCUGCUAUUACCAUCACCCCAGAGAGAGAGAGUGUUGUGGACUUCAGCAAGCGAUACAUGGACUACUCAGUAGGGAUCCUCAUCAAAAAGCCAGAGGAGAAGAUCAGCAUCUUUUCCCUUUUUGCCCCCUUUGACUUUGCUGUAUGGGCCUGCAUUGCUGCAGCCAUUCCUGUGGUGGGCGUGCUCAUAUUCGUGUUGAAUCGGAUACAGGCUGUAAGAUCUCAGAGUGCCACCCAACCACGACCCUCGGCUUCUGCCACCCUGCACAGUGCCAUCUGGAUUGUUUAUGGAGCCUUUGUCCAGCAAGGUGGUGAGUCUUCGGUGAACUCUGUGGCCAUGCGCAUCGUGAUGGGCAGCUGGUGGCUCUUCACCCUCAUUGUAUGUUCCUCCUACACCGCCAACCUUGCCGCUUUCCUCACAGUGUCUAGGAUGGACAACCCUAUAAGGACAUUUCAGGACCUGUCCAAGCAACUGGAGAUGUCUUAUGGCACUGUCCGGGACUCUGCUGUCUAUGAGUACUUCAGAGCCAAGGGGACCAAUCCCCUUGAGCAGGAUAGCACUUUUGCUGAACUCUGGCGGACCAUAAGCAAGAAUGGAGGGGCUGACAACUGUGUGUCCAAUCCUUCAGAAGGUAUCAGGAAGGCAAAGAAGGGGAACUACGCCUUUCUAUGGGAUGUGGCCGUGGUGGAGUAUGCAGCCCUGACAGAUGACGACUGCUCAGUGACUGUCAUCGGCAACAGCAUCAGCAGCAAGGGCUACGGGAUUGCCCUGCAACAUGGCAGCCCCUACAGGGACCUCUUCUCCCAGAGGAUCCUGGAGCUUCAAGACACAGGGGACCUGGAUGUGCUCAAGCAGAAGUGGUGGCCACACACAGGCCGCUGUGACCUCACCAGCCAUUCCAGUACCCAGACUGAAGGCAAAUCCCUUAAGCUGCACAGCUUCGCUGGGGUCUUCUGUAUUUUGGCCAUUGGCCUCCUUCUUGCCUGCCUCGUGGCUGCUCUAGAGUUAUGGUGGAACAGCAACCGGUGCCACCAGGAGACUCCCAAAGAGGACAAAGAAGUGAAUCUGGAACAGGUACACCGGCGCAUCAACAGCCUCAUGGAUGAAGACAUUGCUCACAAGCAGAUUUCCCCAGCGUCCAUUGAGUUGUCUGCCCUGGAGAUGGGGGGCCUGGCUCCAAGCCAAGCUUUGGAGCCCACGAGGGAGUACCAGAACACCCAGCUCUCGGUCAGCACCUUUCUGCCCGAGCAGAGCAGCCAUGGCACCAGCCGGACACUGUCGUCAGGGCCCAGCAGCAACCUGCCACUGCCGCUGAGCAGCUCAGCCACUAUGCCCUCAAUUCAGUGCAAACACAGGUCGCCCAAUGGGGGACUGUUUCGACAGAGCCCGGUGAAGACCCCCAUCCCUAUGUCCUUCCAGCCUGUGCCUGGAGGCGUCCUUCCAGAGGCUCUGGACACCUCCCAUGGCACCUCUAUCUGACCGUGUCGCCUGCCCUCCUGCCCGCCCACCCACCCACCCGACCAGCAGAGCUUUUUAAUACAAGAAAAUGACAACACAGACACCACACACACACACACACACACACACACACACACACACAAAGACUCUUUCAUUUUUCUUGUACAUACGUGUAAAUAAUGACAGAAUGGAGUGGGGUAAAAGUGUAUUUUGAAUAUUCCCAAUUUUCGAAGUCAGUAAAAAAAAAAAAAACAAAACAACAAAAACUGUAUGAAUGACUUUGUAAAUUUUGUUCUAUAUGAAUAAAAAGGCAAAUUACUUGUGAUCAUUCUGAAGUGCCAAAGGAGCCCCCUGUUCCUGGGCCUUUCUGAGGGCAGGAAGAACCAUCGGAGAAGCUCCUGGCUGCUGGGGAGAAGGAAGUCAUGGACAAGCCCCCGAAUGCUGCUUGCUGCUGUACCCACAGCUUUCCCUUGUGUCCUUUUCUUAAAAGCCCCUCAUUCCUCCUUCAGUGUCCUUGGGUAGAUUCAGAAUAUGUCUGAGUCUGGAGCCCAUGUUGGGUGGGCCCAUCUGUUCCCUGAGCUGUAGGGCAACCUGCCCUAGACAUGGCCCUAGACAAUCAGGCUCAAGAUGGUAAGGUCACUGUGUGUCACAGUGUGUAGCAUGCAAUUGUCCCCAGGGCCUCAGAAAAGCUGCCCAUAUUGAGGUCACAAUCUCUGAGGCUUUGAUACCAAUGUGUUUGAACAGCAUAUUGUUGGUCUUUUUAAAAAAACAAAAA